AUGGGUUGUGAUGGUGGUACUAUUCCCCGUAGAGACGAGCUUGUUAAAGUGAAGAAGAAGCCAGAAACUAAGGACAAGGACGCAGAGUUGGCAUUUUUGUGGCAAUGUUGUACCAUUACUCAAGAAAUUCUUCAAAAACCCAUUGUUGUUUGUCAUAUGGGUAAACUCUACAGUAAAAUGGCUCUUAUUGAAGCACUACUGGAUAGAAGCACACUUCCUGAAGGUUCAAAAUACAUCAGAAAUUUAAAAGAUGUAAAGGACCUUAACCUAACUCCCAAUCCUGAAUUUAAUGCUGAUGAACGCAAAAAAGAGGGGGCUAUUGAUCACAGGGCCGUUCCUUACAUUUGCCCUGUAUUGGGUUUAGAAAUGAAUGGAAAACAUAGAUUUGUUGCCUUAUGGUCUUGUGGAUGUACGUUUUCUGAAAGAGCCUAUAAAGAAAUUGGCACUAAAAACUGCCAUAAAUGCACAAAACCUUUUGAAGAUGAUGAUGUGGUGAUUAUAAAUGGCAAUGAAGAUGACUUGGAACUUAUGCUGGGAAGAAUGGAAAUCAGACAGCAAAAGAAUAAGAAAAACAAAGAAAGGAAGACAAAAGUCAAGCAGGAAAAUAGUGAUAGUGGUGAAAUAAGUACAAACAAUAUUAUUACAGAACCUUCAAGUUCAAAACAAAAAAGACCAACCUUGGUGAAAGAGGAUGUACCCAAAAAGAAAAUAAGGACAAUUGGUAAUGUUGUAGCGACAGGAAAGGUAAUGAAUCAAGAGGAAUUAAAGAAAAUGAAACCAGAAUACAGCAUUGCAAAGGAUGAUAAAAACACAGAUGUUUAUAAGUCAUUGUUUACAACUCAUAAAUCAGAAAAAGAACAAGAUAGAGCUGACUUUCGAUUCCACCCGCCUGGCGCGUGUCUGGCUUGCGAUCCACCGACGCGAACACAAAAAAACGUUGGAUCGAUGCCGCCCCAAGCCAGGAGAUGA